GUGUCAUGCUGAGCGCUUCGACUGGGUAGUCAACAUGUCCACCGCUGCAGCUCAACAAAACAAUAACGAGGACCCCGGGCUCCACGGCUCCUGGGUAGAGCUGGAGCUGAAUGGAAAUACAGGGGCCGGGGGCCGACAGCCGGACCUGCAAAUGAUACCCGCUGCAGACCAAAUAAAUGCAAAUGCAAGCAUGAGUCAAAUGCUGCAAACUUUGGAAGUGGUGCCUGAAAGUGAUGAAACCCUCAUUGGAGGAUUAGAGCAUGUGCCAUCGUCCUCUUCUAUCCACAAUGGAGACAUGGAGAAGAUCCUCCUGGAUGCACAGCAUGAAUCCAGCCCAAGUAGUUCUUCCUGUGAUAGUCCUCACAGGCCACCAAGUCCAGAACAGGAUGAAGGCCAGAUAACAUUUGAUGUAGACAUGUCCAGCCCAAGAGGUAGUCAGUCAGAGGAAGACGGUCUAGAGAGAGACAGAGAUGAAGACAUUUUGAUGAACAAAGAAGUAGACUGGGUCGUUGACUGGUCCAGCAGACCAGAAAAUAUACCACCAAAGGAGUUUCACUUCAGGCACCCCCGGCGCUCAGAGUUGCUCAGUAUGAGAAAGAGCGGAGUCAUGAAGAAAGGUGGCGUCUUUUCUGCUGAAUUCCUCAAAGUUUUCAUUCCUUCCUUACUCAUCUCACACAUCCUGGCUCUCGGUCUCGGGGUGUACAUUGGGAAGAGAAUCGCUACAGCUGCUACCAGCUCCUACUGAAUAGCAAACGAAGCAGUGCCUGGAUGUUCUCCUGUCUCCGAGUCCUCGACCACCCUCCUGUAGUCCAGCUCUCUCUCUCUCUCUCUCUCUCUUUCUCUCUCUCUGCAUCUGUUGUACGCCCUCCUCUCCUUCCCAGUCAACAUUGAAUUAUGUCACAUUGUAGAUGUAGUCAUACACAUUAUGUAAUGUGGUUGCUCUCCAUCAGACCCCGACACAGAGUAACAAUGUGCACGCAGUUGUUACCAAGUUAAAUCCAGUAGAAAACAAACUGUGUUGGGGCUGGAAAAUGUUUGUCAUCCUGUUCAGCUCAAAAAGAUGUGACACGAAUUUGAUGUAUGGUGGCUUCAGGGUUGAUGAUUCUUUUUCUUUCUUUUUUUUUCAUUUUCUUGAUGCUCUGUUACAAGAAAUUUCGUCUUAUCUCUUCCAAGCUGCAGUGCUCACCCGACUUCAAGCAGGCGGAGUUUAUUAAAGAGUAAUGUGUGCUUUAUCUGCACUAUUGACUAAUUUAAUUGGCUCUGGGAACAGAAGGGACUUUAAUUGCCUUAACUUGUCAAGUUUAACAUUCAAGUGCAGCGAAUUAAAGGUGUGUGUGUGUGGAGGCGGCAAAUGAUGCUGCACUGUUUGAUCAGUUUGUACGCUCUGCACAUUUUUGAAAGUAGGAAUUCAUAUCAUGCCGACCCCAGAGGGUUUUCUUUAAGCUUUGAAAAGUUUAAACAUUUACGUUUAAACAUCUUGUAUGUAGCUGCAGAGUUUUACAGUGAGGGUGUUGGAGUUUAUAACGAUAGUGAAACGCUGGGCCAGAAGGAACCAUACCAGGCCAUAUGCUAUGUUCUUUUGUUUUUUUUUGUUUUUUUUGCCUACAUAUCUUGUCUUUAACACAUAACUUAGCAGAAACGGCAAAGUGCCAAAUUUUUAUCUUUCACCACUGCACAUUGGUGAAUUAUCUUUGACUGUUUUUUCCUUUUUUUUUUUUGAAUUCUCUUAUAUGUUUUAGGUAUUUAAAACUUGAGAUGUGAAAAAUAAUUUAAGCUGUGAUCUGCCCCAUGCAAGAGACACCUACUCCACCUUGUAUACUUUGUUUCUACAUCGAUAUUAAUGCAUAUUAUAUCCUAUGCAUUGUGGCUGUGUAACUAUUGUGUCAUUGCUGUUGUUUGAACGCCGAAGCUUCAGCGGCAGGAAUUCCCGCCGCCGCCGCCACCGCCACAGGAGAGCUGUUUGAUUUCAGUGGGGCCUCAUUUCAGAGUGUUACCUGACUUUCAUUCCACUGUGCAAUACUUUCUCAUAAGAGAGAUUCAAUAAACAGCCUUUAGUGUCUGUCGAGAUUGAUUACCUGGAAAAGAUGCAUGUAUACGUAUACUGGAUGCUGAUUGGCUGACUCGGUGAUGUUCGUAAAUGGGUGUCAUAGUCAUUUAUGAGGAAACAUCAUCGGUAUAGAAAUACAAAGGAUUGCACCUGAUUUCAAUGAACAGACUGUCGUUAAGCUUUUUUUAGGAGAUUGUUGAGGAAACGUGUGAGACACAGGUGUGCUGGAGCAGGUAGACCAUGACACCAUGCGGGACAGGUGUCCUCCAGGACCAGGGUUU